AUGGGGAAGAUCGGAGGAAACUCUUGGUUGACUGCAGUGAAGAAAGCUUUCAGGUCACCAACCAAGGAAAAUGAGAAGAGGAGCUGUAGAAGGAGAGAAGAUGGCGAACAAGAGGAAGAAGAGAAGAAAAGAGGAAAACGAAGAUGGAUUUUUAAGAAGCCUUCAUGUCAGGAAACAGCAAUACAACACAGUGAAGCAAGGACCAUAACUACAACUUUUAAUGCUAAAGCGACCACCAACUCUGAAACCUCAGCACUAAAUAGUAUUCCUGAAGCUGAGCAAAGACAUGCCAUUGCGGUGGCCAUAGCCACCACAGCAGCUGCUCAAGCAGCAGUAGCAACAGCCCAAGCUGCUGUAGAAGUUGUUCGCCUCACGAGGCCUUCCAUUUUCGUCAGAGAACACUUUGCUGCCAUUGUUAUACAGACAGCUUUCAGAGUUGUGGUUUUGAAGGCAAGGAGAGCUUUACGGGCACUUAAGGGGCUGGUGAAGCUGCAAGCUUUAGUGAGAGGCCACAAUGUUCGAAAGCGAGCGAAUAUUACUCUUAGAUGCAUGGAGGCUAUGGUUCGUGUGCAAGCCCGCGUGCGUGAUCAACGUAAGAGGCUUUCUGCGCAUGAAGGAAGCACAGACUCCAUAUUCAGUGAUCCCAACAGUUUAUGGAGCUCGCAUCUUGUAGACAGGAGGUCCAUUUCAAGAGAAGAGAGCGGCAAUGUCGAUGAUUGGAUCCAUUGGGACGAGCACCCGAAAACACUGGAGGAGAUUCAAGCCAUUUUGCAGAAAACAAAGGAAGCAACCUUGAAACGUGAAAAGACUCUAGCUCAUGCCUUCUCUCACCAGAUUUGGAGAACUGACAAAGACAAUGUCGAAAGUGAGGAAGAGCUUGACGGAAAAAUCAGAUGGGUUGAUCGGUGGGCAACAAGGAAGCAAUGGGAGGGAACGGGCAGAAUGUCGUGUGACCACAUAGAUCCAAUAAAAACUGUUGAAAUUGACACAUAUAAGCCUCACUCUUACUCAGCCCCCCAUUCCCACGAAUCUAACCUUCAAUAUCACUACCAACAACAAAGGCCUAUUUCUUUUUUUGUCGCAUCCCCCCUCCACAAAGCCAACAGUAGUCUCCCCAUUCGCUCAAAAACUCCAUCUCCGUCUAAAGCAAAGCCUCUCCAAAUGUACUCAGCUAGCCCUCGCUACCUCAAAGAUGAGAAGAGCCACCCAUCACCUUACACACCAAACUGUGGAUCCUACAAACAUAGAAUAAGUGGUAAUGCAUGGGCUGCUGCAGCAAUGCCUAACUAUAUGGCUGCUACAGCAUCUGCUAAGGCUCGGUUCCGAUCACAAAGUGCACCAAAGCAGAGGCAUUCAAUCCCAGAAAGAGAGAAAGUAGGAUCUGCCAGAAAACGUCUCUCAUUUCCAGUUCUGGACAAAUGUGGUGUUGAUGGGAGCAAAGAUCAAGUUUAUGAUUAUAACUCGGGGAGUCCAAACUAUAAGAGCGGUCAUGGAGGCCAUUUUGGCAUGGAGCAGAAGUCCAACAUGUCUUCUUGUUAUGCAGAUAGUCUUGGCGAAGAAAUCUUCCCACCUUCAACAAAUGAUCUUAGGAAGUGGUUGAGGUAAACCAAGCAAGUGCUCCGUUGCUCCAGGUGAAAAGAACAAAGGCAAAGCUGGUGAUAAUUGAUGUUUAUUCCAAUGAGAAAGCUAGGCCUAGAACCGCAUGUAGAUGAUGGGAGUCAAUUAUGACAGUGCCUCGAGAAGUAUGUCAUUUGGCAAUUAAUGAUUAAAACUUCUAUUAUCAUCGUAAGUAAUUAUUCGCAAGUCAUCAAGCAACCUCACUGGACCGCUUAAGAAAUCUAAACAAUGAAUGUCGUUCGUCUUACAGAAACAUUUUCGAACCUGCAUUUUCAAUAUAAGAAAAUAACAAUCGUCAAGCCCC